AGAGAGAGAGAGAGAGAGAGCCACAAAUUUGGCUGAUGGAAAUUUAGCAGUGACGAAGAAGAAGAAGACGAAGAAGGAGAAUGAGAGUUGGGAAGUAUGAGUUGGGGAAAACUCUGGGAGAAGGAAAUUUCGGCAAGGUAAAGUUGGCCGUCGAUCUCCGUUCCGGCCGCCGUUAUGCUGUCAAGAUCCUUGACAAGACCAAGAUUCUUCAUCUCAACUUCUCCGAUCAGAUUAAGCGUGAAAUAAGUACUCUCAAGCUUCUCAGACAUCCGAAUGUUGUUAGACUCUAUGAGGUUUUAGCUAGUAAGACGAAGAUUUAUAUGGUUAUGGAGUGCGUCACUGGUGGGGAAUUGUUUGAUAGAAUCGAAUCAAAAGGUAAGUUGGAUGAAGCUGAAGGACGACGACUCUUCCAGCAGCUUUUUGAUGGUCUAAGCUACUGCCAUGAUAAAGGAGUUUACCACAGAGAUCUCAAGCUGGAAAACGUGCUUGUUGAUGAUAAGGGAAACAUUAAGAUUUCUGAUUUUGGCCUCAGUGCUUUACCGCAGAAUUGCAGGGAAGAUGGUUUGCUGCACACCACCUGUGGAAGUCCCAACUAUGUUGCACCAGAAGUACUUGCUAAUAGAGGAUACAAUGGAGCUGCCUCUGAUAUAUGGUCAUGUGGGGUUAUCUUGUAUGUGAUUCUUACAGCUUGUCUUCCAUUUGACGAGACGAAUCUGGCUCUACUUUAUAAAAAGACUUUGAGGGGGGAUUUUCAGCUACCCAAAUGGUUAUCAGCAGGUGCCAGAAAUUUGAUAAAGAGAACUCUUGACCCCAAUCCCAAUACUCGGAUUACAAUGGCAGGAAUUAAAAAGGAUGAAUGGUUCAAGAUUGACUAUAAUCCUGCUUCUCCUUGUUAUGAUGAUGAUGAGGAUGAGGAUAUUCCAUUCACUGAUCAGGACGAUGCCAUCUCGGCGCACGAUGAGGCAUUUGACGGUGAAAACAGCCCAGAAUCUCCCUCUAUUAUCAACGCGUUUGAGUUAAUUGGGAUGUCUUCAAGUCUGGACCUGUCCGGCUUCUUUGAGCAAGAGGAUGUUUCUGAGAGGAAGACCAGAUUUACAUCCAACCAUUCUGCCAAGGACUUGCUCGAGAGGAUCGAGAUUAUAGCAACGGAUAUGGGAUUCCGGGUCCAAAAGAAAAGUGGAAAGUUGAAAGUAAUGCAAGAGAUAAGAAAUCAAAGAAGCCUAAGCAAUCUCUCAUUCAAAGCAGAGGUCUUUGAGAUUAGCCCAUUGCUUAACGUAGUGGAACUGAAGAAAUCCUUUGGAGAUUCCUCAGCUUACAGACAGUUGUGUGAAAGGCUAUCAAAUGAUUUGGGCACAAACCCCGAGCUCGAACGGCAUAAUUCGAGUUCAUUCACGUUAAAUAGUACAUGUUAGAAGAAAGUGAUACCCAGUUAUAGGUCUUUGAUUAGAAUUAUUGUUGUGUUUAUAGUUUGGGUUGCUAUCAUUUGCCUUUGAUUGGUGCAUAAGUUGGUUUAAAUGUAGAUAGCAGAUAGAGCCAAAUAUUACAUGGCUGGAAGCGUCCCGUGUGUGUCCCCUUGUACGUAAUUCGAUAUCAAAUGUAAAAGAACUGAAGUUCAUUUGUAUGAUAGAAGAAUUCCAUUGUUGUGGCA